UAAAGAGUUGUAUUGAUAUAUGUUCAUAAACAUUACAUAUUAAUAAUAAAUUAAGAUACAGUAUGGAUAGUAAAGUAGAAACUAAAUCAGAAUUUGAUGAAUUAACUGUAGAAAUUAAUAAAAGUGAUAAGACAAAUGUUAAUAAUGAUAACGAGCCUACAAAUAAAAAAAUUAAAUUAUUUCAAAGUAAGGACGAUGUAGAUGACGAUAUAGAUGACGAAGAAGCUGCAUUUAAUAUGAAUCAAAAUAUCCCAGAGGAGGGAUUUAUAUAUCCCUUAGAAAUGGAUGCAUCUGAUAUGUUACAGGAAACUGAUUUUGAUGGAUAUUUUCCAUCUGUAACUGAACGGUACUUAACACCGUAUUAUCAGAUGGAUGUACAAAAACCAGUGAUAAAUUGGACAGAACGAAAAAUAAAGUAUCUGGAAAAUCCAAGCACGGAGCUCAGCCUUUACAAUCAAAUUCUAAUCUUUGCUAUCUAUCUUGCGACGAUGGUUCAACAACCACAUUUUGGUGGAUAUAUAGCAAUUGUUUUACCUAAUCUAAAACAUCUAGACAAAACAAGAGCAAAAUUGUUAACUGAAGAACUUUAUCAAGAAGCUAUAAAAAAACGCAAGGAAAAUAAAGAGAAAGAAACGAAUGAGAUUGAUAAAACAGAUAAAAUAAAUGAAGAAAUGGAUGUUAGUAUUUCACAAAUAGUGGAUCAAGAAAAUAUUGAAAUAAACAGAACUAUUGAAAAGAAUGAAGUUAUUGAUCCAAACAAUGAUAAUAUAAAGUCUAUUAAUACCAGUGACAUUCCUAUUGAAAGUAAAAAUCAAAGUAUGGAUAGCAAUAAUGAAAUGGAUGUUAUUGAGUCUUAA